AAGAGGAAGAGAAAGACAGGGAGUGAAAAAGGGCUCCAAGGGAUUGAGGUUUUUCAAGAAUUCAGUACCAGAAUGGUGAAAACCAUAUUCUUUCUGUGAUUAAAGCCAAGCCCAUCUCCAUUUUCGUGUUCAAGUUGAACCCACUUUUCAUUUACUACCCGAGAAGUGAAAGCUCUUCCAAUUGCGUCAGUUUAGGGCUCACACAAAACAGAAAGCCGUUUGCGUGUUGGAGAAGAAAAAGUUUCUUGGGAGCCGAGAGAAUUUCUUUUAAAUCAGAGACAGAGAGCUCGUAGAAGCUAAUAGGAUUUGCUUCGCUGUUAAGGCUUGUGGUCACCCGAUCAGCAAGAAAGGUAAAAUCCUGGGACCCUCUGUUGAAAAUAAAUCUGCCAAAGGCUCAAAGGCAUUGACAUAUAUAUCUCAUAAUGGAUCCAUCCAUUGUGAAGAAGCUCCUUGAAGACGACGAGGACGAAACCAUGCAUUCCAGGGCGGAUUUGGAGGCCUUCCAGGCUGCCCUGAAUAAGGACAUAGAAGGAGAUGUGUCUGCUUCCCAGCCGUCUGAUUCAGACACCGCGGUUUUGUCUCAAGGAAGCAAUAAUACUUCUAGUCAGUCAUUACUGCAGUUGAGUACUGCUAGCCAGGAUGAAAAUACAGCUGGUCAAAUUCAACAAGACCAAAAAAUUGCACAACAUCAGGAACUGCAUUUGUAUGAAAUGGAACCAAAGCAACAAGGAUCCGUUGCUGAGAAUAUGCAACAAAAAAAUGAUGCCUCACAGGUACUUAAUCACUUUCCUUUACCCCAGAAGCGACCGCAUGGUGAUCUUCAAGAAGGACAGGCAGAACAGAAGCCAAUCCAGAUUCCUGAAACAACUGGAAUGCUGAUUUCUGAAAAACACCCCAGCUCAACAGAGGAGCAUGGCAUAGCACCUAAUCUCAAAAGCGAAUCUCAGUACUUAAAGCUUCAGAAGAUGAGCAGUCAACAAUCAAUGAUCACAGAGCAGCCAAGAAGCCCUUCGAAUGAAAGCAGACAAGUACCAUUUUACCAGUUAUAUCCCCUCUUAUUGCCCCAACUAAAUAAAGACAGAGGCAGGCAACUUACUACUCUAUUUGGUAGACUCAAGAGCCGUCAAAUCCGCAAAGAUGCUUUUGUCAGGGAACUUAAAAGUAUUGUUGGGGAUGAGAUGCUCAGAAUGGCAGUAAAGGAAGUGCCACUAAUGCCUAGUCCUAAACAUCAGUUACUACCUAAGGCCUCGGUCCAGCAACAACCUCCAAGGAUGCUAUCUAUUAGUGCAAGUGCCACACAGUUGACUAACCCUCGUUCAUCUGCACUUCAUCUGAGAGGUCCCAAUUCUGCCACUGACCCAUCACACAGUCUCCCUUCAACAGUUCAGGUACAGACUGAUUCAAGCCAUCCGCUCAUUAAAAAUAGUGCUAGAAAAUUGCCAGAAGCAGAAUGUCACUCAGAUUCUGAGGGAAUGCAAGUAAGUCAAAUUUCUUCCUCUAGUGUGGUAACUACCAAUCAAGAAAGGGAGUGCUUCUCAGUUCCUAUGCAUGGAAACGCUGGUCGUACUUGUCACCUGUUUUCAGGGACAAAUGUCAAUACUUGCGCAUUGCCUGUCAAACCGCAGCCUUCUGAUGCACAACUGAGACAAGUCCUACAACAUCAAAGCAUGGGUUCUGCUCAGUCAGGUGGGGAAGCACAUGGAGCGAGCAUCAUGAGUGGGUCCAAAACGGAGAGGCAAAAUUCUAUGAAUGAACCUAGUAGACUGCAAGGUGGAUCUCUUAUUCACAUUACAACUAAUGCAACUUUACGACAGAAUCCUAAUCCUUCGCAAUCCUCAAAUAAAGGGCAGAGUUCCCGUCCUGUGUCAUCAAUGGCUUAUGUCAAACAGGAAUCGAUUGAUCAGACUGCUGAGCAGCAGCACAAGCCUCCAUUGCCUAGUUCACAUGGAUUGCCUUCGGUUUCUGCUGGAGUACUUGAACAGGGAAAUGCAUCAUCUGUAAUUUCAAUGGAUGAGUCCUUAGAGAAGCAGCCUUCUAGAAUGGGUGUUUCAUCAUCGCCUUCUACAAUCACAGUGCCUCAAAGUUCGGUGUCUCCUUCCGUCAUGAUGCAAGUCAAUCCUAGUGUCUCGUUAGGCCCUCGGAUAAUGUCUGGAACCUCCCCUUGUGGGAUUAAUAAUAAAACACCUCCAAAAAAGCCUUCUAUUGGCCGAAAGAAGCCGCUUGAAGCACUUGGUUCUUCACCACCGCAAUCAAGUAAGAAGCAAAAAGUAAGUGUAGCGUUUUCGGAUAUUGAACAACUCAAUGAUGUCACUGCUGUCAGUGGAGUUAAUCUUAGGGAAGAGGAAGAGCAGCUGUUUCCAGGGCCCAAGGAGGAUAGUCGAGCUUCAGAAGCCUCUCGAAAAUCUGUGCAAGAAGAAGAGGAAAGGCUGAUUUUGGAGAAGGCUCCACUGCAGAAAAAAUUAGCCCAAAUUAUGGUCAAAUGUGGUCUGAAAAGUGUAACCCAUGACGUGGAGCGAUGCUUGUCACUGUGUGUGGAGGAAAGAAUGAGGGGACUAAUAAAUAAUUUAAUCCGACUGUCAAAGCAGCGGGUUGAUGCUGAGAAAUCAAGACACCACACUAUUACUAACUCUGAUGUUCGGCAACAAAUUAUGGAUCUCAAUCAGAAAGCUAGGGAAGAAUGGGAGAAAAAGCAGGCUGAGGCAGAAAAGAUCCGGAGGCUUAAUGAGCCUGAGGUUGACAAUGGAGUCGAUGGAGACGAGGAGAAGGAUGAAGGCCGUCCUAAAUCAUUUAAGACAAACAUAGAGGCAGAUGGAAAACUGAGGACAACAGCAGCAAAUGUUGCUGCCCGUGCUGCAGUUGGGGGAGACGACAUGUUCUCAAAAUGGCAACUCAUGGCACAAGCCCGGCAAAAACGUGAAGGUGAGAUUGAUGCGGCAUCUGGGUCCCAGCCAGGUAAAGAUGUAAACCACAAACCUACAUCAACAACUGGAAGGAUCAUGAAGGGCAGUCAAGAAGCAGAGAAAAGGGGUGAUCCGGCUCAUGUUGCUACAGCCGGGCCAAUUAGAAAAUCUGGAAGGAACCAAGUUAUCAUGCCUCAAACAAGGAUGGCUCGUACUAUAUCCGUCAAGGAUAUGAUUGCUGCCUUGGAAAGGGAACCUCAGAUGUCGAAGUCUAUGUUGAUAUAUCGGUUGCAUGAGAGAAUCCAAUCCUAGACACCACUGUGGAAUAGUCUUAAAGUAAAAAAGAAAAGAAAAAAACAAACAAUGAGAUCGUAGUCAUCGUUGGCCUCAGAAUCUUCUUGUGAAAAUGAUAAAAAGAGAGAAUGGUAGAGACGAU